AGCUAUCUGACAGCUGAAUUAGAGGUUGUUUGCGCUUUUUGAUUUCGUUCGAGUGCCUAAAGAUUUAGUAAAAUCGAUAAUGGAGUCGAAAAAAGAAGAAAAUGUCGUCGCGGAUAAAACAAUAUUUGAUGCGAUUGCCCAAAAUGAUUUGGCAGAAUUCAAAAACAUCUUAGCGCAACAUAAGGGUAACGUCGAUUUCUUCGACGAAAAUGGUAUGACUGCGCUCCAGCACGCCGCUUAUAAGGGUAACAAGGAUAUGGUUCAAUUGUUACUUGAUAGGGGUGCUGAUGUCAAUUCUGGGAAGCAUGAAUACAACUACACAGCUUUACAUUUUGGAGCCCUGUCUGGGAGCUCAGAAGUUUGCAAACUGCUAUUGGAAGCCGGAGCAAAGCCCACUACAACUAAUUCAGUAGGCCGCACUGCAUCCCAAAUGGCUGCGUUUGUAGGCAACCAUCACACUGUGGUGACCAUCAAUAACUUCAUUCCUCGUAGUGAAAUUGCUUAUUAUUCUGUGCCCCAAGGUCAACAAACUGAGCCCCAUAUAUCUCCAAUUCUAGUUGACCCCCUGCACAAGUUUGUAUUAGGAGUCAACAUUCAUCCUGUGAGGCUAGCUCUCAAUCUACAAAUCACCCCUGCCCUGCUAGACAAUGCUGAUAAGGUGAGCCAAGUAUUAGAGAUGCUGUGCAAACGGGAGAUGACACGCGGCAAUGACACCAAUGAAGUGAUGGCAUUCAAAUACCACUACCUUUCCUACAUCCUUAGAGAAAUACACAAUAUUAGGGACAAACAAAAGCCAAACACUGAUAAAGAGGAAAAGAAAUAUGAUGUUGUGGAAAUAUUUUCAAAAAAACUUUUGAAACCCGGAAAGGAUGGCGUGUCCUUAGAUUUAAUGGAUUCAUUUCUGAAAGAUUGUGUGAGGGAGUUCCCUUACAGAGAAUGCACUACAUUCCAUCAGAUGGUUUCCUCUUUGACAAGUAAAGACCCCCCGCCAGCAUUGUCGGUGAUAAACUGUACUAUCAAUGGUCAGAGAGGAUUUGUUGAUGCCAUUCCAUACUGCAGCACUUGUGGGGAAGAGAAACCUGCAAAGAAAUGUUCCAAGUGCAAAUCUGUGCAGUACUGUGAUAGAGAGUGCCAGAGAUUGCACUGGUUUGUUCAUAAAAAGGCCUGUAACAGAGAAUCAAGUGCUCCUGCUCCGUCAUCCAAUGCUAAGCUCGACAUUGAUGCUGGUGAGUUGAGUGCCGAGCUCCAAAACCUUGUUACUGCAUAGAACCACGGGAAUGCUAUCAAAUACUUUAUGUAAUAAAUGUGUAGUUAAGUAAUUCCUCACUUCGUUAUUUUAUUAUGAAUUAUAUGUAUGUAUCAUUGUA